AUGAAUUAUUUUAUAAUAGUAUUAGAACUGACAGAAUUUAUUGAAGAAAAGUUGAAAGAACUUAAUGUAAAAAGGUUCGAUUAUUUACAAUUUAGCGAUCUUGAACUUAUUGGAGCUGGAGGAUCGGCGAAUGUGUAUUCUGCUAAGUUCUAUGGGCAACAAUACGCACUGAAAAGUCUGAGAAAUACUUUGAGAAUGGAACAUAGAGAAGCCAUGUCAUUCAUUCGUGAGAUUCGUGAAUAUUAUCAUGUACGCACGUACUAUGGGGAAAAAUUUCACGUUAUUACUGCAGAUUUUUAUAAUGAAAUUCUUCCGAUAGCAAGUACUGUAUGUAAUGGUUAA